AUGCCCACGCUCCCAAUGAUGCGUUUGAUCGAACGUCUUUUCCUUGCGGGCGUCGAUGUCUUUCGACUGAAUAUGUCGCAUGGCCUUCUGUCCGAGAAGCACCAGCAGCUGCUGCACGUCAGGCACCUGGAGAAGGUGUACAGACACCCUGUCGCUGUUCUGGCGGACCUCCCCGGCCCCAAGUUCCGUCUUGGAAUUUUUAAGAACGACGAGGCGCUUCUCGAGACUGGGAACUCCUUUAUUCUCGACUCCUCCUCGAGCCCUGGAGACGCAUCGCGUGUGCACCUUCCCCACCCCGAAAUCCUCUCCGUUCUUCGUCCGGAUGAUAUCGUUUUGAUGGACGACGGAAAAAUAAAGCUGAAGGUUACAGAGGUCUUCCACCACGCCGACGCCACAGAGAGACAGACGAGCCCACGCCUCAGUCUCUCUGCCUCGCUCGCGUCUCCUGCUUCUCCGUCUGAGGCGGUCAUGGCGCCGGCUGUGCGAUGCAAAGUCCUCGUGGGAGGCCACAUUUCGAGCAAAAAGGGGGUGAACGCGCCCUCAGCGCGGUUACCUAUUUCGGCGCUUUCGACGCGGGACCGAGAGAUUGCCCGAACAGUCGCCAGCUGGGGUGUGGACUGGAUCGCCUUGUCCUUUGUCCAGUCAGCCGACGACGUCCACGAACUGCGCAGGGAACUCCGAGAGGCUGCCAAAGCCGUAGACAGCGAGCGCGAGCAACGCGACGCGGAAGCGGGAGGGAGCGCCGGCAGAAUUCGACCGGAUAUCUCCGUCAUGGUGAAGAUCGAGAAGCCUGUCGCGCUAGAGAACUUUGCAGAAAUCGUCGCCGCUGCGGAUGGAAUCAUGGUUGCGCGCGGCGACUUGGGAGUCGAGUUGCCGAACAUUGCGUGGUUGCCCAGAGUGCAGAAACGGCUGGUUCACCUGUGCAGAAAAGCCGGAAAACCUGUCGUCGUGGCGACGCAGAUGCUUGAGUCAAUGAUGCGCGCACCGUUGCCCACGCGCGCGGAAGUCUCGGAUGUCGCAAAUGCAGUGUAUGACGGAGCCGACGCCGUCAUGCUGAGCGGUGAGACGGCGGCAGGCGAUUCGCCCGCCCGCGUGGCGUGCAUGCAACGCUUGGGAAUCGAGGGGGUCGAGAACGAUCCGAAUUUCUGGGAAUUGGAGGACCAAAGAAGAAGUUCACAGCUACGAGCGGCUGAGCGCCGCGCCUCGGCCAGCGGCCCAUCUCUUCGUGCAGCUCUUGACCGUGAAGGGAGAGAACAGGGAGUGGAAAGAGAAUCAGAGCGACAAGGAGAAAAGCGAGACCGGACGGAAGAGAUCUUGUCUCGGUUCCUACCGGGACGGGACGACCAUCGUCCAGCGACGGAAGCAGAUCGACAGGGGCGUAGCACUGGCGACACAAACCAGGCGACGUCGAAAACGGGAAACCGGACGGAUGACAGUGCAGCGUGGGUGGCGCUCGCUGCAGCAGAGGUCGCCAGGCACAGUGGGGCCAAAGCAAUUGCAGUGUUUGUAGAAAAUGAAGAGUUAAUACGGAGUCUCUACGUCAGAAGUGCUGCGCUCAGCCAAAUCGAACAGAUUCGAUUUGUCCGAACGCCUUCCCUGGUCCCCAUUUGA